GACGCAAACACGUGCUUCCGGUUUCCAGCUGCACGUUUGUGUUUGAUUCUCGGCGUGAGUCUCUCGUUGUUUAAUAUCUAACACAGACUUUAAAUUUUAAAAAUGCCGAAAGUCAAACAGUCAAAGAGAAGACAUAAGUUCAACUACAACACGGACCGAAAGAAACUGAAGAAGAAGUUCAUAAAGAAGUCAAAGCCGAGGAUUGAGCAUGCACAUAUCCGUAAUGCCUGGGAUGACAACAAGUCCACGGCCAGGAACCUGCAGGAGAUGGGUCUGUCCUUUGAUCCCAACCGGUCACUCCCCAUAAAGAAACAGACGCUCCUUGGAGAAGACGAUAACAGGCCUGCCCAGAUCGUCACCAAACCAUACAUCCUUAACCAGCUGCAGGAGGAGGCCAGCCUUAAGGAGAAGGACUGCAAGACGCUGUCGUCUGACCUGAUCGAGUACGUCCAGCACAUGAUCCGAGAACAUAAGGACAAUUAUAAGGCGAUGGCUCGUGAUGAGAAGAACUACUACCAGGACACGCCCAAACAGAUCAAGAGGAAAAUCAACGAGUACAAGCGCUGCCACCAGCAGCACUAUGAAGCCUUCAUGAGCUCGCUGUCAGCUCCGCAGCCCAUGGACCAGUAGGAGGAUCGGAUCUGGGACAGAACACUGGAGAACAUGGACAACUGGGGCUGAUGAACCAGCAGCAACUUUUCAGUUUUUUUUUAUUGUGUUGGAGGAAUAUUUACCUGAUCUUACUUUAAAAGGCUCCCAGUGCUGGACAAUGUUUUUCUUUUUCUGUUAUGAUAUUGAAGUCAUGUCUCCUUUGGGUUGGUUAAGCUAAUAGCAGCUGAGUCACGACUUCUCUAGAUCUCAAACAGUUUCAGAAUCCUGACCUUUCUGCUACCAUAAGCAGACCUGAGGACAGGGAGACUAGAUGGUUAGACAUAAGCUAGACGCCAUUUGUCUGCAAGAACAUCAGCAGGAAGCUUUAUUAGAAGCUGGCGGUGAUUGAGGGAGAAAAAUAACCUU